ACGCAGUCCUUCUCGACGUAUGCUAUGCGCACGUGGCCAAACAACCAGAGCUGAAGUUGUCCGCGACGAUCACGCCAUUCCAGGAAGACCUCGCCUCGGAGGUGGCCGCUAUGAAAUCUGCACUGUCAAUCUCGGACAAAUGGAGCGCAGUCGUAGGCUAUUCAAGGACCAUUAUCCAGAUAUGCAAUGCCCUGGGAGAGGCUAUCCCUCUAUCGCAGACCGUAUUUGCGCUCCUCGACCUCGGUGUCGACGAACUCGAGAAGAGGACGGAGUAUCACGGACUGAUUGUAUCCCUCGUUGACGAAACGAGUAGGCUCUGUAAAGCCGUCAUCGCCUCGGACAAGCGGGAGUUCAAGGACAAGAGGAAGGAGCAGGGGAAAGCAUGCAACGCGCUGAUCACUGAGUUACUGUGUGUGUCAUCAUUCCUCCGAUCCUUGACCUCGGAGAGUCUCGUUAAGCGAUCGCGCACCGAGGCAAAUGAACGUGUUCAAGACAUGCUGAAGCGGUUGCAAGAGCUUUCCCGCUAUGUCGAAAGUGGUGCGCAUCUCGACGCACAGAACGCUGUGUUCAGGAUCGAGGAGAAGAUCGAUAAUGAGAAUACACUGAGGCGCCUGCCUAUGGCGAGUAUACAGGCGGGCACGAGCAGGGGCUGUCGCCCCAACACCCGCGUCCAGCUACUCGCAGCAAUCACGGACUGGGCCUUCGAUAUAAAAGGCCCGCGCUGUCUCAUCCUUCACGGCGCAGCUGGCAAGGGAAAGUCGGCAGUUGCCAACAGCAUCGCCCGCAUCCUUGCUGAUAUGGGCGCCGUCGCUCCGUUUUUCGCUUUCGAUCGUACAAACCCCACUCGUCACGCUCAUCAAUUAUAUCCGACCCUCGCCGAGAAACUAGCCCGCUAUGACCAGCAAUACCUUGACAAACUGCGCUUGUUGCGUACCGAGCAGCUUGAGACGAUCGAUAUCGAAGACCAACACCGGUACCUGAUGCUCGCCACCCUCCGCCUCUACCAAACGCGCGUUCCCACCAUCUUUGUCGUCGAUGCGCUCGACGAAUGUCGGAAUGACGAUGACAAUAGCAUCGGCGAGCGUGCCACGCUGAUUCGGACUCUGCGCGCGUGCAUAUGGGACCAUGCGCUUCCCCCAAGCAUCCGGUUCUUGAUCACUACGCGUCCGGACGACCUGGAUAUCGCAAGUCUGCUAGGAGAAGACGAGACAAUCGUCGCUGGUCGAUCUAUCGAUCACGAGGAAAAUACCGAGAGCGACAUUCGCAAGGUUGUUGAGGCGAACCUUCGCGGAACCGAUGCCUUUGGGCUAGUAGACGAUGUCGUGCGCGCGUCACAGGCCCUCUUCGAAUGUGCCGCCGUCCUCUGCCGAGAGCUCACCGGCCCGAAUCAACCGAAGAGUGAUGCUGCUCGCCAGAAUCUCAUUCGCAGCAUCAGACAAGAACCUGGACAUCCGCGACUAUACGAGAUAUACCGUCUCGUGCUCCGCACGCAUAUAGGCACGACCGACAAGGUAUACCUGUCGACUUACCGUCAACUUCUCGCGUGGGUGUUAUCUGUGCGACAGCCACAGCCGGGCGUAGUGUUCCAAGAGUUCGCCGAGGUUUUGCUGGUCGGAGAAAGAAUAAACAAAAUGCUCGUGCAUCUUGGGUCUGUCCUUACCGGCACGCUUGCGGGGGACAACGAGCCCAUACGCCCACUCCACACAUCAUUCCGCGACUUCGUUCUCGACGCUGAGGCUAGCGGGCCCUUCACGAUCAAGCCUGUCUUUGCCGCCGCCGACUCGCAGCUCGCUCUCGCGUGCUUCGGCAUCAUGGGCAGGCCAGGAAGCGGUCUGCGAUACAACAUAUGCGGCCUACCCUCUCCUUUCGUGUACAAGAAGGACAUCAAAGACUUGAAUUGUCGUCUCACCGAGAAAAUAUCACCUGGACUCCAGUAUGCGUGUCGCGAGGUCUCGACACAUCUCUUGCACAGUCAGCCCGGUGAUUUAGAUCUGAUGUUGGCCUUGAAGUGGUUUCUGCAGGACCAGUUCUUCUUUUGGCUCGAGGCCUGCGGCUGGCUAGGAUACGAGCCGUGCGACAGUCUUCGCAAAAUGCUCCACUGGAUGAAGAAGCUUAGGCAAGAUGACUUAGCAUCUAUAGUCACGGAGUUCAUCGCUUUCCAAAAGCGAUUCCGCGAAGCAAUAACGAAGUCGCCACCUCAGGUCUAUGUGACCGGCGUCCUCUUUACGCCAGUCGACUCGCAUGUUUCCCGAUUGUACCGGCAUUGCAUCGUAAGCCCCAUCGAUAUUUCCGGAUAUGAGAAGGAGCAAGAAUGGCCAUUGAGCGAACCUCUCGUGAUUCAAGCCGGAAGCUGUAUAUUUUCUGUCGCUUACUCUCCAGAUGGUAAGAAGAUUGUGGCCGGGGGCAACAUCCUUCGCAUAUGGGAUGCAGAGACGGGGCGGCAGGAUGUAGCCAUGCAGGGACAUGCAGGUUGGGUAUCGUCUGUCGCAUUCUCACCCGACAGAUCAAGGAUCGCUUCUGGCUCGCGGGACUUCACCGUUCGACUUUGGGACGCCAAGACCGGGCAGCAGCAGGGCGAGGCAUUGCGCGGACACACUGAUUGGGUUCGGUCAGUCUCAUUCUCUCCGGAUGGCGCCACCGUCGUCAGCGCCUCAGACGAUCGCACAUUGCGAUUGUGGGAUGCGAAGGCCGGGAAGGAGAUAGGUGAAGCAAUGCAGGGACAUACACGUAGUGUGAACUCCGUCGUCUUUUCGUGCGACGGAGCUCGCAUCGUCUCUGGAGCUAAUGACGGCACGGUCCGCAUAUGGGAAACAGCAACACGACAGCAGCUAGGCGAUUCUAUACGCCACACAGUCGAAGUCAGCUCAGUCUCAAUCUCGCGCGACAGCAAGUACGUCGCUUUUGGAUCUGCCGACGGGACCGUCCGUGUAUGUGAUGCAGAAGGGACGCAGCAAGUGUGGGCAUCGCAUGGGCAUACAGGCUGGAUACAUGCGGUUGCCUUCUCGCUUGAUAAUAUGCGCGUCGUCUCAGGUGGGGACGAUAACACCGUGCUCUUUUGGGAUGUGGCCUCAGGAGAGCAGGUCGGCGAUGACUUGCGCGGCCACGCUGAUGGCGUCAGCUCCGUCGCCUUCUCCCCGGACGGGAAGCACAUCGCAUCCGGCUCCUAUGCGGGCACGCUCCGGGUCUGGCACGUGCGAGAGGUUGAGAAGGAACGCGAUACCACAAUCGGACAUACCCGCGCCGUCACCUCUGUCGCUUGCUCGCCGGAUGGCAAGUACAUCGUCUCUGGCUCGCGCGACCAGACGGUGCGACUGUGGAACGCGGAGACGGGACAGCCGGUGGGGGACCCGAUAUGGGACGAUGACCACAUCAACUGUGUCGCAUUCUCGCCGGACAGCACGCGAAUUGCCACCGCCUCGGACGAUGGAACGGUGCGAGUGUUGGAUGUUGAGACGCGACUUCCAGCGGGCGACGAGCUUCGAGGGCAUGACAGCCUGGUUUUCUGUGUCGCAUUCUCACCUAAUGGCACUCAGUUUGUGUCUGGAUCAGCGGACGACACCAUGCGUUUCUGGGAUCUGGCGACAGGGCAGCAAAUCGGCGACGCGCUCAGGGGCCAUGGACAUGGAACUUCUUCCGUGUCUUUCUCCAGUGACGGCUUCUCCAUCGCUUCCGGCUCUCCCAACGGCACUAUUCGAUUUUGGGAUACCCGAACGCUGCGGCCGCUACAGACAUGGCAGGCGCUCCAAGGUUAUCAACAUUGUGUCUGGUCCGUCGCAUUCUCUCCCGAUGGUGUGCUCCUCGUGUCUGGCUCGUCUGACAAAACAAUUCGCCUAUGGGACGUGAAGACGGGCGAGAAUGUGGGUGAACCGCUGGUUGGUCAUACUGAAUGGGUACGAUCUGUCUCCUUCUCGCCUGAUGGAAGGUUCAUCGUGUCCGGAUCUAACGAUGGGACGGUGCGAGUCUGGGAUGUGCAAACUAGACAACAAGUCGGCGUCACUCUGCAAGGUCACGAUGGCGGGGUCAACUCAGUCGCUCUCACUUCUGAUGGCGCUCGCAUCGUUUCUGGCUCUGAUGAUGGUACAAUCCGAGUCUGGGACUUCAGAUUUUUCCAGAGUUUAGAGAAUUUGCUCGUCAGUACGAGUGCAUCCAUGACAAAAACCCGCGCGCAGGCCGCGCUUUGGAAGGGGUUAAAAAGUCCCUGGCAUGGCUGGAUAGUGUCCGGAGAAGACGACGACGACGACGAUGACGACAGUGACGACAAUGACAGUAGUUAUAAGCAACCCCUCCUUUGGAUCCCCCACCACUUGCGGCACUAUCGCCUCAUCAUCUCGUCCCACCAAACCCAGUUUGUGCCGCCGGCUCCCCACAUCCGCAUCACGCUUAACAACUCGUUCCGAAUUGACGAGUGGCCGACUUAUACGCCUGCGCCGGCUCCUGAAGAGCUGUCGAGGGCGCUGGGAAUGAAGGUGUAGGAUUGACAUCGCAUGUCACCGAACGUAGGAAUCUUCAUCCGAGCUGGGUGCUACGAGCCAGACAGCUACGCGCGGCUGGGCUUGCACACACUCGAAUAUC